AUGGAGGCACCGGCUGUAUUCUCAGAUUCCUCGGUUGAGGUCCUGAAAUCUUCCCUCCCUGAACUCAACGGAGUUUCGCUCAGCGAUGUGUCGGUGACUGCUUCGCCCAGUAUCAAAAACCAUCUUCCCAAGGUAGCAGAAAAAUCUGAGGAGUCCAAAGCGGAGAUGUUCAAAUCCAAAGGACCACCCCCCUCUUCCAUAGGGCUCUGGACCUCCAAGCGCGAUGGGGAAGUCAAUCUGAGAAUGGACGAGAGCGGCAUCGGCUGCGAGCCCCCUGUCAGGAUUAACGAGCUGCUCCUCGAGGCCGUCCGGAAAUACGGGGACUUCUACGCGCUGGCCUCGAAGAAAGGGGGGACGUGGACCAAGCUGACUUACAAGGAGUACUACGCGCAGAGCCGGAAGGUGGCCAAAAGCUUUCUCAAGCUGGGCUUGGAGCGUUUCCACGGCGUGUGCAUCCUGGGAUUCAAUUCCGUCGAGUGGUUCCUGGCUGACAUCGGAGCUAUUCUUGCUGGUGGCUUUGCCGUUGGUAUUUACACCACCAACUCCCCCGAGGCCUGCCAGUAUGUGGCGGAGAACUGUGGGGCCAACAUCAUCGUGGUGGAGAACGACAAGCAGCUCCAGAAGAUCUUGGAGGUUCAGAAGAAGCUCCCUUUCUUGAAAGCGAUCAUCCAGUACGCUGAACCUAUCAAGGAGAAGCUACCAAAUCUCUAUGACUGGAAUGAAUUUAUGACUCUUGGCGACGCUGUCCCAGAUGAACAGUUAGAUAAAGUCAUCGAGGCCCAGAAGCCGAACCAGUGUUGUACUCUCAUCUAUACCUCCGGGACGACGGGCCAGCCAAAGGGAGUAAUGCUGAGCCAUGACAACAUAACGUGGACUGCCCGGGCAGGAGGGCAGUAUGUCGGCCUGUCUUGUGCCCUGGAGCGCCAGGAGCUGGUGGUCAGCUAUCUGCCACUCAGCCACGUUGCCGCGCAGAUGAUUGACAUCUGGCUACCGAUGACCUUUGGGAUGCAGACCUUUUUUGCCCAGCCGGACGCUCUAAAGGGAAGUUUGGUGGAAACCUUGAAGGAAGUGAGGCCCACGGCAUUCAUGGGGGUCCCUCGGGUGUGGGAGAAGAUGCAAGAGAAGAUGAAAUCGGUUGGUGCCAAGUCAUCGGCCUUGAAGAAGAAGAUUGCAGCCUGGGCAAAGGCGGUUGGGCUAGAAACCAACAUCAAGCGGAUGAACGGAUCUGCUGAGCUCCCGAUGAGCUACCGUUUCGCCAAGGCGCUGGUAUACAAGAAAGUCCGGAAGGCGCUGGGCUUGGACCACUGCACCAAAUGCUUCACGGGGGCGGCCCCCAUCACGAAGGAAACCUUGGAGUACUUCCUGAGCCUCGACAUCCCCGUCUACGAGCUCUACGGCAUGAGCGAAAGUUCGGGCCCUCACACACUCUCUCACGUGGACUGCUACAAGUUGAUGAGUUGCGGCAAAGAAAUCACGGGUUGCAAGACGAUGAUCUUCAAACCGGACGGUGACGGCAACGGGGAGAUCUGUUUUGCGGGCCGCCACGUCUUCAUGGGCUACUUGAACAUGGAAGACAAGACCAAAGAAGCCAUUGACAACGAAGGCUGGCUGCAUUCAGGGGACCUCGGGAAACACGAUCCAGAUGGCUUCCUUUACAUCACGGGGCGGAUCAAAGAGCUCAUUAUCACCGCAGGAGGUGAGAACAUCCCGCCAGUCCCUAUCGAGGACGCCGUCAAAGAGGCCGUGCCCAUUUUGAGCAACGCCAUGCUGUUGGGGGACAAGGCCAAGUUCCUCUCGAUGCUGCUGACUCUGAAGUGCAACGUGAACAUGGAAACUGGGGAUCCAGAGGAUGACCUGACGCCCGACGCCAUCGAAUUCUGCCGCAAGCUGGGCAGCAAAGCCUCCAAAGUCUCACAGAUCAUAGCGAGCAAAGACCCAGCCGUGUACGGCGCCAUCCAGAAGGGGAUCACGGCCGUCAACGACCAGGCCGUUUCCAAUGCCCAGAAGGUCCAGAAGUGGGUGAUCCUUGACAAAGACUUCUCUAUCAACGGCGGGGAGUUGGGUCCCACAAUGAAGCUGAAGAGACCCGUGGUGGUCAAAAUGUACAAACAGCAAAUAGACCAGUUAUACUCUGCAGAAACACCGGAUGCCAAAUAACCAGCAAACGAGCCUAUACCUCCACCCUGUCUUUA